AUGGGUAGCUCUGCCUCCGAUGAACUCCACAACAGCAACGCAAAAGCCAUUGAUGCGUCGGUGGGCGGUUUAGUUUGGGUUCGCAGGAGGAACGGGUCGUGGUGGCCUGGUCGGAUUAUGAGUAUGGACGAGAUUGCGGAGGGUAAUUUGGUUUCGCCAAGAUCGGGCACUCCAGUCAAGCUUCUUGGCCGGGAUGAUGCUAGUGUGGAUUGGUAUAAUCUUGAAAAAUCCAAAAGGGUGAAGGCAUUUAGAUGUGGAGAAUAUGAUGAAUGCAUCGAAAGAGCUAGGGUAGCAGCAGCAAAUGGCAAUAGAAAAGCAGUCAAAUAUGCUCGUAGGGAAGAUGCUAUUCUCCAUGCUCUUGAGAUUGAGAAUGCUCGACUGGAAAGGGAUCAACUUGAGGUAGUGUCUGCAUCAAAUAAUCUAGAGCCAGCCAGAGAAUCAACCAGCAUGUCUCUUUCUGGCAAAGUAGACGAGAACGUCAUUGAUGAAGCUAGUGAUGCCAAUGAUUCUGGUCUGGGUUCAGAUAUAGAUUCAGCACCAGAAUUAUCUCAAUCUGGAAUAUCUUUUGAAGAGCCGAAUCAUGUUGUUGAUGCAUCUAAAGUGUCAGCUGGAUUAGCUAAGAGGAGAAGGACGCCAAACGAUUCUGAGGAUGAUGGGACAGCAGGAACAAAACGUAUGAGAGGACUUGAGGACCUUGGCAUGGGAAUGUCAGAUUCUAAGGCUGAUAAUGGCAGUCCUGUAAAUGCUGGCACCAAAGUUUACAGUCCAUCCUUGAAAAGAAAGAGAUCACAAGUGGCAAACGUCCAUGAGUUCUUGAAAAGGAGAAAUCGUCGCAGGCCUUUGACUAAAGUUCUUGAGAGUACGGUCAUGGUGUCUGUUCCAGUUAGCUGUGACCAAGUUCCCAGCACAAGUGUUUCACCUAUUGAAGGGUUGUCGGACGGCAAGAUCUCUUGUUUGGAAUCUAAUGAAUCUAAAAAAGGUCCAUGGGUGGGUAAUAAUAACAACUCCGAUAGCACUGGGGUUUCAUGCGACAAUGGCGCCGUCUCCCUGAGUCCUCCUGAACACGCUGCUUGUAAUGGUUCCCUCACCGCGAAGGUGGUGAAAGAGAAUGAUGCAACUAUUGCAGAAGAGUUAACUUUGGAUGGCUCUUCAAAUCAGUUGUAUGAUGUACCAUUUGCAGGUCUUUCACCAACACUCGGCUCAUCUUCAACCCAAAGGCAUCUAGUCAGUGUACCAGUUGGGCAUUAUGGUCCAAGUUGUCUAGCAGGAGCCGUACCUUUGCAAAAUGAGUCUGGUCCCACACCUUCGGUAGCAGCGAACAACAUCAGCAACCAAAAGAUGGAGCAAGGUACUUCAAAAUGGCAACUAAAAGGAAAGAGGAAUUCCCGACACACAAAGCAUGGAAAACAAGCUUCCUCCCGAAAAUACAUGGACUUGGAUGAUGAAACUCCUGCCUAUUACCCAGUAAUUAUGGACCACUCGGAAGGACUCGAUCAAACUUCCAGCAAUGCUUCUCUCGGUUUUCUGGCAAAAGACGAGCUCGAUGGGUUUCAGGAUUGGAACCGGUCUUAUGCUUUACUGCCUCAGAGAUCACUUCCAUACCGUCAAUCACGAUUCAUGCUCAACUCCAGAUACGAAUCAGCUGACUUUCCUGUCAGGAAAGUCUUUGGCGAUGAGAAACUCUAUGACGUGAAGCUGGAAGUGAGAUCCAACUACCGGCCACAACAUGUUCCGUUAGUUUCAUUGAUGAGCAAGUUCAAUGGCAAAGCCAUUAUAGGUCACCCUUUGAUGGUUGAGGUUUUGGGCGAAGGUGCUUGUGAUCUUAUGGUGGGAUCUACUACAACGGGAUCAGCUGUUGCUGUAGCGACUCCAGCAGCCAUUGGUGGAGCUCUUGAAUUGGUUAGGAAAAACUCUGGUGGUAGUGGCGAGAGACCUGGUGGCAAGCAAAUGUCAAGAAAGAGGCGCUUUAAAAGGAAAUGCAGCAAGUUGAGGAAAUCCGGGUUGUUGUCUAAAAAGAUCAGGAAGCUUUCUUCACUCACAGGGAAGAAAGUGGAAGAGAGAGAAGCUGCCUUAGUGGAGAAGGCGAAAGGCGCUGCAAUAGCUUGUGUCCCACUCGAGUUAGUGUUCAGCCGCAUAAACGAGGCAGUGAAUGGUUCUGCUUCAUGCCAAUCACAAUUCACAAGAUGCCUUAGUUGA